AUGACUGGGACCCGUCGAGCUGCCCCGGCUGCACCAGGCACCCCAGCUACCGCAACCCACUUGCCAAAUGCAAUAACCACCCCAGGCCAAAAACAAUCUGGAGGCCACAGUCCCAACAAGUUCACGAGUGAACUGCGCAGUAUCCACUUGCCAUCGUGGGCUGUUGCUGCCCUUUGUAUCGUGAUUUUGUGCGUGGUGCUGUCGUGUGCUGUGUGUUUAUGGAAGAAGUGCUUGAAAAAGAAGGACAAGGACAAAGAAAAGGACAAGAAAACGGGAAAAGAGAAGAGCAGGGGAGGGUUUGACACCGAAAUGGAUGGAGGUUACAAUGAGCCGCUGAAAGAUGAAGGUAACAAAGAAACAGAGCUGUCAAAUAAUGAGCCCAAGGAGGAAGAGAAGCUGGGCAGACUACAUUUCACAUUAGACUACAACUUCACAGAUAAUAUGCUGGUAGUGGGCAUCUUGCAGGCUGCAGAGCUUCCUGCCAUGGAUGUGGGAGGUAGUUCUGACCCUUAUGUUAAACUCUAUCUGCUCCCAGACAAAAAGAAAAAGUUUGAAACCAAAGUUCACAGAAAGACCCUUGAACCCAGCUUCAAUGAGACUUUCACAUUUAAGGUACCAUACACUGAGUUGGGCGGGAAGACACUGGUGAUGACUGUGUACGACUUUGACCGUUUCUCAAAGCAUGAUGCCAUAGGAGCUGUGAAGAUCCCGAUGAGCAGUGUGGACUUCAGCCAGUCUCUGCAGGAGUGGAGGGACCUGCAGAAGGCAGAGAAAGAGGAGAGCGAGCGGCUUGGAGACAUAUGUUUGUCCUUGAGAUAUGUGCCUACUGCAGGGAAGCUGACAGUGGUGAUUCUGGAGGCCAAAAACCUGAAGAAAAUGGAUGUGGGUGGAUUAUCAGACCCUUAUGUGAAAAUCCACUUAAUGCAGAAUGGGAAAAGACUCAAGAAGAAGAAAACAACGAUAAAGAAGAACACUUUGAACCCUUACUACAAUGAGUCUUUCAGCUUUGAAGUGCCAUGUGAACAGAUAGAGAAGGUGCAGAUAGCAGUGACUGUGUUGGACUAUGAUAAGAUUGGGAAGAAUGACGCCAUCGGGAAGGUGCUGCUGGGCGGUAGCAGCACUGGGACUGAACAACGCCAUUGGUCAGACAUGCUGGCUAACCCCCGGCGGCCCAUAGCCCAAUGGCAUAGCCUCCAACCGGAGGAUUAA